GAGACGUGGGUGAACAAGCUACGGAAAACUCACACAGUGAGACCAAGUAAACCGACCCACCUCAUCCAGUACUGUAUUAGCAAAGGGGUCCCGGAAAAGAGCAACUAAAGCAGUGGCUUCUUCAAUCACGUCCACGCAAUGGGACCUCACACAAGCACGCAGUCAAACACCACAAUGUCUUACCUAGCUCGGACGAUCUGGUCGUUUCAAACCGUCAGAGCCCGAAUUUCCCAACGGCUAUCACAACACAUGAAAAUACCAAUCUCGUAAGGCUAUACAGUAGGUUGUUCUGCUCUGAGGUACCUCCGCCAAGGUUGAUGAGAUUAAGUAGGGAUGAAUUGGAGCAGCUUCAGACUAGAAUGGCUCAGCGUGAUAUGGCCACUCUGAGCCCCUCGAGUACUAGCUCACUUCCUGAUUAUCCAACGUCAUCCACCAAUGACGGGUUUGUGCACUACUCUUAUGGGUACCCAAGUAGGGAUCGAGAUGAAUGGGCGCAAACCAUCACACCUCAGCUGCCUAGGACAAAUAGCCAGGGUGGUCCGAGUCCAAGUGGUUCAAGGCUACAGCCUUCAACUUCUAUCUUGACUGGAGACACCAAACAAGUUCCUCCUCAAGCCUUACCAAUUGCCAAUAUUGGGCAGUUGCCAGCUCCAGUAUUAUCCAAUGGCAACAGUAGACAUAGGACUAUGGCCAAGAAGAAGCGUUAUCCCUCGCUGAAGCCUUGUUAAUUUCAAUCGAUAGACCAAAUAAAAUAGAUCACUCAGAGCGCGGCUGUGAUACUUUAUCCAACUGUAUCACUGCAGUACUUAAGUAGAUGAACCUAGCAUACAUAGAAGACGCGGUCUAUGCAUCAGUAGAUUUUAGCUU